AUGGGAGUACGUUCUAUGUACUAUUUUGCACCUGUUAAAGAAUUUCAUUUUUAUAAUGACAAUGUAAGCAAAGUUAGCCUAUCGUUUUCUUCUGUGAGUGAAGGACUUAUGCGACACUAUGUAUUGAAUUCUGACGGUAUUGUUUUUCAAAAAGAGUGGAAAGCUGAUAGAGGAGACUGGACAGUUGUAUGGAAGUCCCUAGAAUCGAACACCGAGUGUGAUAUUUUUGGGAAGUGUGGAGAAUUUGGGAUAUGCAACUCAAAUAAUCUGCCACUCUGUAGUUGCCUAAGGGGCUUUGAACCAAGAAAUUUUCUAGAAUGGAAAACAGGGAACUGGAGUAGAGGUUGUGUUCGGAGAACACCUUUGCAGUGGGGUGAUUUAACUGGGGAAGAAGAUGGGUUUCUGAGAUUAAGGAAUAUGAAAAUACCAGAUGAUGGUGAGUGGUUAUAUUCUGAUGAUGAACAGGAUUGCAGAAGACGCUGCCUACGGCAUCAUUCCAGUUUAGCUUAUGCUUACUAUUUGGGUUUUGGGUGUCUGAUCUGGAGUGAAAGUUUGGUUGACAUACAGGACUUCUCCCCUGUUGGUGUUGAUCUUUACAUUCGAUUGGCUAGUUCAGAGCUGGGUGACACUGGUAAAUGGAAAGUAAUUCUUGCACUCAUAGUGAUUAUGAGUUCAGCUGCUGGUUUUGUCUUUCUCUACUAUAUAUGGAGGUGGAUGGGUCAAUCAUAUGGGAAGAAAACAAACGAGGAAACACAAUCGCUAAAAAGCUACAUGGAUGGAGCUGGAUUUAGUGAUAUUGAAUUGCAAGAGUUACCCUUGUUUAGAUUUAAAGAUUUGGUAGUUGCAACCAAUGAGUUUUCUGAUAGAAACAAGCUUGGGCAAGGUGGUUUUGGUCUAGUGUACAAGGGGAAACUUGAAGAUGGACGCGAGAUAGCCGUAAAAAGAUUCUCACAAGGAUCUGCUCAAGGAUUACAAGAAUUUGUGAACGAAGUCGUUGUGAUCUCUAAACUUCAACACAGGAAUCUUGUCAGACUGUUGGGCUGUUGUAUAGAAUCAGAAGAAAAACUGUUGGUGUAUGAAUACAUGCCAAAUAAGAGCUUGGAUACGUUCCUUUUUGAUCCCUCGAGUCAGGAACAUUUGGACUGGAAAAAGCGGUUUAAUAUAAUCAAAGGAAUAACUCGAGGCCUUCUGUAUCUUCAUAGAGAUUCUAGAUUGAGGAUCAUUCAUAGAGAUCUCAAAGCAAGCAACAUAUUGCUGGAUGAAAACCUCAAUCCAAAGAUAUCAGAUUUUGGCCUGGAUAGGAUAUUUAGAGGCACCGUAGAAAAUGCUGACACCAAAAGGAUUAUUGGCACCUAUGGUUAUAUGUCUCCAGAGUAUGCAAUGAAAGGUCAAUUUUCUAAGAAGUCUGAUGUGUUCAGCUUUGGCGUACUUAUACUUGAGAUUGUAAGGGGUAGAAGAAACAAUAGCUUCAAUGACGAGGAGACUUUGAGCCUCUUAAGUUAUGCUUGGAAAUUAUGGAACGAGGAUCACUUUUCAUCAAUGAUUGAUCAGAUAAUUUUGGAGACGGAGACAUUUAUAAAAGAGAUUUUAAGGUGCAGUCAAGUUGGAUUGUUGUGUGUUCAAGAAUUUCCUGAAGACAGACCAAGCAUUACCAUGGUGGUUUCUAUGAUUGAGAGCGAAUUUAUGGAUCUUCCAUGUCCAACACAACCAGCAUUUACACAACGAAGAAAUGCUGAUCAAGAACAUAUCUAUGUAUGUAGUUCUGCUAAUGAUGUUACAAUGACUUCUUUAGAUGGUAGAUAUGCACACAUGGGCGAUCCAGGCCAUGACCUAGGCAGAUUUGAGCCUAGAUUUUUUGUAAAUGCACACAUGAUUAAUGAUUCGCGUUAUUUGUCAGAAAAGUUAAUGCAUAUUUCAUCAUAUGAAAAAACCUUGGUGAAUAUUAUGGAUUAUGUGCACAUUCUUGUUCUCUUUCUGUCUUGUUUUAUGAUAUGUAAUCUGGGUUCCUCUCAAGAUUAUAUUACGAAGACUCAAUUUCUUCGUGAUCCAGGAACAAUACAGUCUAGCAAUGGUACUUUCAAACUUGGGUUUUUCAGCCCCAUCAACUCGAAUAAUCGUUAUGUAGGGAUAUGGUAUAACAUCCAAGAAUCCGACUUGUUGGAAAUUGUAUGGGUAGCUAACAGGGAUAAUCCAAUUACUGAUUCUUCUGGGGUGCUCAAAUUAUCCGAGGAUGGAAAUCUUCAACUCUUAAAUGGACAAAAUAAAAGCUUUUGGUCUUCUAAUCCGACAGCAAAUGAGGUAAAUAAAACAUAUGCACAACUUUCAGAUGCUGGAAAUCUUGUUCUGUAUUCAAAUAUUAGUGAUACAAUAAUCUGGCAGAGUUUUGAUCAUCCUACAGAUUCAUUAAUUUUGCUUCAGAUGAAGCUUCCUAUCAUUGACAGUAUGAAUGAUGAGCAAAUAUUGUUUCGAUCAUGGAAGAACGUUUCUGAUCCAUCAAUUGGUAACUUUACAGCUGGAAUUAGUUCUCGUUACCCUCUUCACUUGUUUGUGUUGAAUAAUGGACGUCCUUAUUGGCGUAGUAAUCCAUGGGAUGGUAAUGUAUUUUUUGGAAAAGGUUCGGAUGUUAGUAUUUCUAGCGACAAUGAAGGAAGAGCGUACUAUGGAUUUUCCUUUGGGAAUCAAUCAAAACUGCAACAUGCUGUAGUGACUUAUUAUGGUAACCUUGUGUUAAAGCAAUGGAACGCUGAUACUCGAAAGUGGGAGGUUUUGUGGAAGGCUCGAGAAUCUGACUGCGAUGUGUAUAGCAAGUGUGGAGCAUUCGGAAUUUGUACUCCAAAUGCAUCUCCAAUAUGUGAUUGUCUAAAGGGCUUUGUGCCGAAAAACAAUCAAGAAUGGAGCAGAGGAAAUUGGACUAAUGGAUGUGUUCGAAAAACGCUAUUGCAGUGUGACAGUAAGAAUAAAGGGAAAACUGCAGAUAAGUUUUUGAAGUUAAGGGGUGUGAAAGUACCAGAUGGUGGCUUGUUGGUUUCGGCAACUGGUGAAGACGACUGUGGCAGUCAAUGCCUAGGAAGAUGUUCGUGUUUAGCUUAUGCUUAUAUAUCGAGUACUGGUUGUAUGAUCUGGAACGGUAGCUUGAUCGAUAUUCAGGCUGGUUAUUCUAAAAGUUUAAUCAAUACCAAGGGCCUUGAUGUUUCCAUUCGUUUAGCUCCUUUAGAAUUAGAUAAAUCUAAUCAACAGCAAGAUUCUGUUGAUGGUAAAGAUGGAAAAAAGAAAAUAACUCUUUUGGUAAUUAUCCUUAUUGGAACAGCUACUAUUGUGUUCAUCAUCAUGUACUGUUUAUGGAGGCGGUUGAGUCAAAGAAAUGGACUAGCAAGAUUGAUGAACAAGAAGACACGAUGGCAAAACUCGAGGAAUGAAGACGUAGCAAGUAGGAAAUUUGGAGAUGUGCCGAUGUUUGAAUUUGAAAAAUUGGCAAUUGCUACUGAUCAUUUCCAGGAAGAGAACAAGCUUGGCAGAGGUGGAUUUGGCUCUGUAUACAAGGGUAAGUUAGAAUAUGAACAAGAGAUAGCAGUUAAAAGACUUUCUAAAGCAUCAGGACAAGGCCUUCAAGAGUUUAUGAAUGAGGUUUUAGUGAUCGCAAAACUUCAACAUAGAAAUCUUGUGAAGUUGCUAGGCUGCUGUGUUGAAGGAGAAGAAAAAAUGCUGGUUUAUGAAUACAUGCCAAAUAAAAGCCUGGAUGCACUUCUCUUUGAUUCAACUAAUAAGAAGCUUCUAGAUUGGAAGAAGCGAUUCAAUGUCAUCUUAGGCAUAUGUCGAGGACUUCUUUAUCUUCAUCGAGAUUCUAAAUUAAGGAUUAUUCAUAGAGAUUUGAAAGCAAGCAACAUUUUGUUAGAUGGAAAUCUGAAUCCGAAGAUAUCAGACUUUGGAAUGGCGAGGAUAUUUGGAGAUAACGAAGUUCAAGGGGACACUAAAAGGAUAGUUGGCACCUAUGGUUAUAUGUCUCCCGAGUACGCAAUGGAAGGGCUGUUUUCGGAAAAAUCAGAUGUGUUCAGCUUUGGUGUCUUGCUACUAGAAAUUGUCAGUGGGAGAAGAAACAGUAGCUUCGGGGAAGAGGAGUCUUUGAGUCUCUUAUGCCAUGCAUGGAAGCUUUGGAACGAAGACAAUAUUUUUUCUUUGAUUGAUCCAACAAUUUCAGAACCGAACUUUCUAGCAGAAAUAUUGAGGUGCAUACAACUCGGGCUGUUGUGCGUGCAAGAAUUCCCUCAAGAUCGACCAAGCAUUUCCUAUGUUCUUUCCAUGAUUGAGAAUGAAGUGACUGAUCUUCCGCAACCAAAACAACCUGGCUUUACACUAAGAAGAAACUCUUCUGGUAAACAAACUCAACAAAAUGGUCAUGAAUAUUGUUCUACUAAUCGGAAUUCAGUUAGUGCCUUGAGUGGUCGAUAACAUUAUGACAACGGUUCGGUUACGAUUGCUGUCUAAUUAUUAGACCUGUGUAAUGGGCGGAGCCUAGCUAAGAGCAUGUAAUCCAGCGUACUCAAAAAGGAUCAAAUCCUUUAAUUUGCUAGUUGCUACAUUUAAAUGGUGUACUUAAUAUAAUGCAAGUAUUGUAUAUGAAAAUAAUUCAGUCAAGGAUAUAUGAAUAAGGUUUCCUACAUGAAAAACAGUCUUUGUUUUUCUUUGCUGAA